AUGAGCAAGCAUACGAACAUUAGACGCCACGGGAUGGGUGGUCAUGAUGCGGAAGAGCUGAAGAGCUUCUGGGAAAAGGUCAUCCAAGAGCAAACUAAGCAACAAGAAGCUGAAGUGUCUAGGCUAAGCAAAAGUGCCCUGAACAAACUUCGUCAGGAAUGGACUCUGCGGCUGGAAGGUCGAGUAAAGCAGGUCCAGGCACACAUGAAAACACGGGAAGAACAAAUGACGCCACUCUCUAUCGAGGCUCUUCCCUCACCAGAUAAAACCGUUGCAUAAAGUUACUGUGCAAACACAGCUGGCACUGGGCCCACUUCUGACAUUCUGCAUGUGCCUACAAACCAGCAGUUACCUUGCUGAACAACCAAAAGAUCAGAUUCUGCCCAUUUUCUGAACCACUUACUAGAGCUACUAUUGAAGUCCUAUUGAAAUUCAGUACAAGAAUAAUGCUACAAGAGAAAAAAAAAAAAAAAGCACAAAGAAAUAGAUGAGAAGCAGACAACUCUCUAAUUUUCCAUGAUAUAUUAUUACUGUGAUGUAUCAGGAUUCUCUUAUGUAACCGCAUUUCCAAGAGACAACAGCAUAUUGCUAGGAAAGAGGGUGGCUUGUUUAAUAGGAAUAACACAUUCAGACAGCUACAUGGAAAUUUGCACAUUUCCAUUUACACAGCUCACAGAGUCUGGUUUACUCUGAGCUCACAGGUUUAAUGUAGACAUAAGAUGUUGUGUCUGUCUUGAAGAGCUACAGUUGAAAGAGUUAAGGAUUAGCCUGAUCAGCUGGCCAGGAGGAGAAAAAUAUUUUUAAUGGAAUGAGGAAAAAACCCCCAACUUUUCUGAUCAACAUAUAAGAAUAUUUAGAGAUCUUCAUAAUUAAAUGAACAGAAAAAAUUACUUCUACUUUCUUGGGGUAUGUAAGAGAAAGACUACUGAGCCAGUAGCCUUUAUUGUGAGCUAGUGUGACAAAUGUUAGAGUAGUAAGAGCAAGUCAGUGUGAAAGUUUGAAAUAGAAGGCAACAACUCAUAACAGCACAGAAAUGCUGUGCAAAG